AUGACGGAUCAAAGCAUAGGAAGGGGAAAAUUUGCUGGUUUGUUACUUCUUUUGCAAGGGUUGCUGUUAAUUUUGUUCGUAGUUUUCGUUGGUUACAGCGAGGAACUCCUUCCAGAUGGCGAAAAUGAGACAGAAACCGACUCAAAAUAUUCCGGUGAGUGCAAUUUACAUUAUGACGCUUCGAAAAGUGAAUGAUAAUGAAACGGAAAUGAACAUCUUUUACUUUUUUAUCUUCUUCUUCAGUAUUUGGGGGACUGCACCUAAUGCUUUUUGCUGGAUUUGGCCUACUAUUAACAUUUCUGAGAAAAUAUGGAUUCAGUGCGAUGGGUUAUAAUUUUCUUAUUUCUGCUCUGGUGAUCGAGUGGUCAACUAUCAUGCAAGGAUUUUUUGAGAUGCGCAACAAUACAAUUUCUAUUGGAUUGGAAAGGUAUUAAGCAAUAAAAUGAUUAGCUUUAUAUCCUUGAUACAGGAACGUAUUUUUGUUGUUUCAGUUGGAGAAAAGAAUUAUUUGAUUAGUUACAUACAGAUUAUUUUCGGUUUAUAACAUGUCCCCCACUGAACCUCCCUACACCCCUGAUUGACCUGACUGCAAAGAUGAAAAUUAAGAAAGUGGAAGGGUAGUAUACACAGGUUGUAAAUCCACAACUCCGUUAUGAAUUAGUAACCAGAUUUUGCAUUAAAAUCUCACUCUGAAUCCGAAAUCCGAGCAAAAAUAAUUUAAAAACAUCCAAAGUCCAAAAGCUAGGCCCAAAAAGUGGAUGAAUUCACAACCCACUGCAUGCAAUUGCCCGAUCUGCAAAUCCGGUAAAUUUUUGCUUGGAAUCUGAAAUCCGGGCAAAAAUAUUUACAAAAUCUGUUCAUCCGUUAGAAUGGCUUUUUCACCCCCUCUGCUACUAAGUAGUUGGAGCAACUUUAGAAUCCUCGGACACCCCAGUGCAACAUUAAUGAGGACCCCGUAGGAUAAAAUUCCAACAAGCAACAUGGCCUUGAAGCAGCAACACAAGAAUAGAUGAAAUGGUGACAAACAACAUCAAGAUGGGAUAAAUACUGACAGGAGGGAUGUGGGGAUUUGUGGUCAGUUGUGGUGUUGCUAAUAUUUUUGUGCGGUAUUGCGGUGAAUAAUAUCCCCAUCUUGUGGUCAGCUUGCAGUGACUCAAACCGUACGGUGUGCGGUGUUUCUGAUUUGAUACUCGGUGAAAAGCAAUAACUUGCGGACCCUUUGUGGUGUUGUGGUUUAUUCAUUGACUGUGGUUACCACAAAACGAGGAACACUAAGAACAUUGAGACUUGAAUAAAAAUCUCCCUUUUUACUUUAUGUUUUCAAUGAUGAGUUCAUCCUGCAAACGGGCCAAGUGUCAGUGGCUGCAAUACCAAGGUCAUUGAGCCUACGACAGAGUGCAUACACGCCAGCGUGCAUUUCUUCAUAUCUGCAUGACUGAAAUGGAAUUCUUAGAAUCUUGAGGUCUGAGUCUGAGUCUCUGCAAAAACAAAACCAGUUCCGAAAUCCUCUUCCCACCCAGUUAUAUGGAGAUAAAUGGAUUAGAUUAAUCAUAGGACAAAAAUUAAAUUGCAAUGUCGGUGUUUCCUUUACUUUUUUGGUACUGGUGGGGUGUUUGUUAUUUUUUCUGCGGUCUUGCAGUGUUGACAGUCCCCUAAUGUCCCCCUCUGACAGGGACAUGGCCUGCUCCUCAGAUGCAAAAUGAACGUAUUUAUUCUCCUAAGAGGGCCUCAUUAAUAAUUACGUCAUUACUCCCAUGGUGUAGUAGGCAUCAAGUUAAUUGUGUUUUCAGUUCCCGCUCCCACAUAAAAUCACAUUUGACCACUAGUCAGCAGUCCUACAUUACAGUCCUGUCGUUGCAUGAUAAAAUCUACAGUUAAGCAGAACGACUUCUCCUGAUAGCCUCACAGUCCACUAGUCAAAGAAUCCCUUCAUCAGAGAGAGUUUGACACUGUAUUUAUUUACAAACUUAUCAUUAAUUUAUUUGAGUUUGCCACUCACUGUUAUUUUUAUUAUUUUUUGUAGCAUGAUCAAAGGUGACCUAGCAGCUGUAGCCGUAACAGUCUCAUUUGGUGCAUUACUUGGUAAAACAAGCCAUCAUCAGCUACUUGUCAUAUCUUUUAUUGAAGUUGUUAUUUACUCUGUAAACAGAGCUAUAGCUACCAAGUUCCUCCAUGCAGUUGAUGCUGGUGGCUCAUUUUUUGUUCAUGCAUUUGGCGCUUACUUUGGUUUGGGAGUUUCUCGUGUAUUGUACACUCAAAGAGCUGUAGCCCACGACAAAGAAAUUUCCAGAUAUACCUCUGAUCUUUUUGCAACAUUGGGUGAGUUAUACAAAAAAUAGAGUUCUCAGCAAUAUUUUUGGAAAUACAGUAGAACCCUAUGAGGGGGCUGUAGAAACUGUGUAUAUUGACAGGGAGUGACUGCACAGUGUUAAGGGGGCAUGUCAAUUCAAAUUUAAAUUUGAACAAAAAAAAGGAUCUUUAGCAUUGUCAAAUUAAUCAUCCCUAACUUUCACAAAAAAAAACCCUUCAGUCUGAUAUUGACAUCUAUUCUAUCCUAUCCGGUGUAACGUAGUGUUUGGAAAAUGGACAAAACCUUCAAGAAAGAAAGAAACGAAACUGCACCUCUCUUUACUAUUUGCAAUAGCAGAGAUGCCAACCUCUGGAGAUCUAAAAACUCGAGACUCCCUAUUUCGCACUACACCCUACCGCGCUUCAAAUGUCAACAGCCCCACCACCCCCCACCCCCUCACCCACAAAUUGACCCAGUGGCCAUGACCUGGGACCUUAUAUGAAGUCAAAAUUUGCUUUCAUCAUUGUAAUGAUGAAAUAAUCUGUCAGUGACUGCAUGUAAAAAUGUCCCAGAAACCACACAAUGAAUAAAAAAAAGGUUGAAUUUUGAGGGGAUAAAAUGGGCUAAAUUUCAAACUAAAGCACACAAAAGCUCAAAAGUCCAUUUUAUCUGUAAGAUUUGUUGACACAUACAAGAGGGCGGGAGAUCAGUGCAGUAUCUGGGAGACUCCUGAUGAUAAUCCGGGAGAGUUAGCAUAUAUGCAAUAAAAUAACAUUAGAAUUUAAAAUGAUAUCAUUGGGAAGCUCGAUCUUGAUUCCUGUCGGUUUCUCUUUGUACUUGGUUGUGGUCUUAACAAAUCUAUGACUUGAUCAAUAGCAUUCUCCCAAAACCAUGAAAUUAAAAUCCUCCUGUAAUAUAGCAUCAACAUUUCUGUGAGAAUAAGAACAGGUUUUUUUUUAAUUAUUAUUUUGCUUUAGGAACAAUCAUCUUGUGGGUUUGCUGGCCAAGUUUCAAUGCUGUUCUUGUUGAAGGAGUGGCAAGUCACAGAGCCAUCGUCAACACCUACUAUGCAUUGGUAACUAGCUGUGUAACCUCAUGUGCCUUCUCAUCUCUUAUGACAAAGGAAUCAAAGCUUAGCAUGGUAAGUUUUAUAAUUAUUUUAUUUGAAAUGUUACUUAGAUUAUGAGAUUGUUACACUUAGGGUAAAUGGCACACUCUGCUUUUGGAAGCAUACCACCAAAACUCAAAAGUAAGAAUGGAAGGCAAAAUAUAGAAUUUUUUAAAACAUUAAGCAAAAUGCUCAUGCUCAUAACAGUCUGAUACCUGAUAGAAUUCCAGUAAGACACAAGUUGGCCUGUCUUGCAAUAUUCUUCACUGGGGUUUAGGUCAAGCAAGUGGUUAUUCCACUCAUUGUGAUUAGUCAAUACAGACAUCUCAGUGCUGGAACUCAAUCAAAUUCACUCUGACCUGUGCUUUUACAUGCAGUCUUUGAAUUUGUGAGCUCAUAACUUCUGACUCUCACAGGCCAGAAAAAGAGGCCUAAGAGCUAAUUUAGACCUGAAAUAAAAAUAUAUUUUGAAUUCAAUACAGGACAAUACUUCCCUUGCAUGGUAACAAAGGUUAAGAAAUGAGCCUAAUAAUUCAAAAGUCAAAAGCUAAAACACUAUGUAUAUCAUGCAGUUAUAUAAAAUACUUAAGUUGGCAUAAUUUGUAAUUCUUUUAAGUUGGCAUCUGUUUCACCAGACAUCUAUAAUUUUUGCCAACAGAUGCAGAUGCAGCUGCUAUAAUAAUUUUCUUAAAAUGAAUUUACUUAAUAUUUUGUUCAUUUGUUCACUAGGUUCACCUCCAAAAUGCGAGUCUGGCUGGAGGCGUUGCCAUGGGCACAAUUGCACCCAUGAUAAUUCAUCCAUGGGGUGCAGUUCUGAUUGGAUUUGUUAGUGGAGCAAUUAGCACAACUGGUUUUACGUACAUACAGGUAUUAAAUUUAAUCUCAGUUUUCUUAGCCUGUAUACAGCCCCCAACUAUCUUCAAACAAAAUCGGGUGGGGGGGGGGGGGGGGGGGGGGAGCCCUUCUCCCCGUUUUUUGUUUGGGGGGGGGGGGGCGGGGAGACCACGGGUGAGACCCCCGGACCACCNAUUUAAAGACUCAGGACGGUUAGACUUGACUUUUUUUAAUUCUCACCAAUUGUCUCAAGGCACUUACAUUCUGGGAACAAGUGAGGGUUUUGGGAACAAAAAUCGCUUAUUGCCAAAUUUGUUAUGCUUAACGAAGAAGUUGUCUUUGGGAAGCUUUGAUCUAGCAGGGGCACCCAACGAGGAUAUAGUUCAAAACCACAUAAACAUAGCAUUGUUGAACCUAAUUUAGUAUUUAAACGAUAGAUAAAGGCUUAUUUUUAUCCCCUAAAAAUUUUUCAUCUGUUCGGAUUUCCUAGCUGAAAGUAUAGUGAUCCGAAAAUUAUAGGGAUCAAAAUUUACCUUUUCGAAAAUUUCAGCCGGAAAAAAGGCUUCCGAAUAUUCUAGGUGACCUUUUUAGGGCAAAAAUCUGUUAAAAAUGAGCAAUUAUACCAUUUUUUUGAUGUUCGAAAAUCCUAGGAGAGGCAGGCAAGCAAGAAAUUUUACAGAAAAUGAUCCGAAAAUUCUAGAUCUCAAAUCGUUUUCCGAACAGAUAAUUUUCCGAAAAUUAUUUUUGGGUGCCCCUGAUUUAGGAGCUGAACCGUUCAUGUUGUUAAUCACGAGUCAAGGUUUUAAAUGUAUUAGGUCCUCCGUGUGAAAAAUUUCAUGGUCUGAAUUAACAGCAAAAUUUUCGCACCAUGCAACCAAAGCAGGAAAAUCAGCGGACUCAUGUCAUGUCAAAAUAGCCGUUCUUAAUUGAUUCGGACAGCAAACGUUUCCUGUGUUUACCAGCAAUGCAAUGUACAUUAGGUUAGACUCAUGAUUAGUUUGGUGUCAAAACUCGGCCUAACGUUUGCGGCAUUGAAAUUAUCUGUCUUUGAGUUUGAAGACUUAGGAAGAUGUUCUCAUAGUUUUCAAGAAACCUGUGACUGCAUACAGGGAGGUUACCAUUUAACAAGUCACUUAUAUUUUAGCCAUGGUUAAUCAAGAGGCUUCGAGUUCACGACACGUGUGGUGUAAAUAGUUUGCACGGAAUUCCUGGCAUCCUUGGUGCAAUUGCUGGAGCCAUAUCUGCAAGUAUUGCAAACUAUACGAAUUACAAGACAAGGUACUGAGUUUCUUUUGCCUUUUAGAGGUGGUGAAUGGUGGCCUUUUGAGACCAUAGCCAGCAUUUAUCUUUGAGUCCGAGAUAAUUUGACUGUUUUGUCAGACAUCCCAAGACUCUCAAACAUCUUCAAUCUAUGUUUCAUUCCUUUCACGGGUUAAAUCAGGGGCACCCAACGAGAAUAUAGUUCAAAACCGCUUAAACAUGGCAUUGUUAAACGUGUUUUAGUAUUUAAACGGUGGAUUUGGGCAGAUUUUUAUCCCCUAUAAAUUUUUCAUCCAUUCGGAUUUUCUAGCUGAAAGUCUAGUGAUCCGAAAAUUAUAGGGGUCAAAACUUUCCUGUUCGAAAAUUUCAGCCAGAAAAAAGGCUCCCGAAAAUUCUAGGUGACCUUUUUAGGGUAAAAAUCCGUUGAAAAUGGGCGUUUUUACCUUUUUUUAGAUGUUCGAAACUCCUAGGAGAGGCAGGCAAGCAAGAAAUUUUACAACAAAUGUUCCGAAAAUUCUAGUACUCAAAUCGUCUUCCGAACAGAUAUUUUUCCGAAAAUUGUCGUUGGGUGCCCCUGUUAAAUGAACCAGGGGCACCCAAGGAGAAUAUAGUUCAAAACCACUUAAACAUUGCAUUGCUCAACGUAUUUUAGUAUUUAAACGGUAGAUGUAGUCAUAUUUUUAUCCCCUAAAAAUUUUUUAUGUGUUCGGAUUUCCUAGCUGAAAGUCUAGUGAUCCGAAAAUUAUAGGGAUCAAAACUUACCAUUUCUCGAUAAUUUCAGCCAGAAAAAAGGCUCCCGAAAAUUCUAGGUGACCUUUUUAAGGUAAAAAUUGGUUAAAAGUGGGCAAUUAUACCAUUUUUUAGAUGCUCGAAAAUGCUAGGAGAGACAGGCAAGCAAGAAAUUUUACAGCAAAUGUUCCGAAAAUUCUAGGUCUCAAAUCGUCAUCCGAACAGAUAUUUUCCGAAAAUUGACGUUGGGUGCCCCUGAUAAACUCAACAAAUUGCCCUGCUUUUAAUGUAUGGGUCCUCAUAGCUCAGUUGGUAGAGCACUGCAGUGCUAAUGCAUACUGGCCGUGGGUUUGUAUCCCAUUGAAACCUAGAAUUUUUUUCAGGCAUAAUUUGCAGUUGGUUAAAUUGCGAUUACAACUGCAGUGGUCAUAUUUUCAUUUAGAUUUGUAUUCCCACAGUUCAUACAAUUCUUGAAAAUGUUGUAAAAAAUUUAAUGGAGGCUUGAAGGUGUCAAUGAGUGAUGUAAAGUGCAAUUACCAGCAACUUUCUAAGAAAUUUCCUUGUCCUUUAAUCAUAAUGACAGAAAUCGAAUUACAAAGUUGGAGUUUUUUAAAUAAGAAGCAUGCGUUGUGCGGAAAGCCUAAGCAUUUGCACCAAUCUUUGUUUGUUUCAAUUAGCUCAUGCUUCGUAUGAAAACAUGAGCUUCCAUUGUCUAUUUAGAGCUUAAGAAAGUAGGGGAAAGCAUUUUUGGUGAAGACUGAUAAAUACUUGACGUAAACGUUUUGUUUUACUGCGUAUUGUUUUUUGGUUUGUUUGUUUUCUUUUUAAUAUUCAUCUGUACAUAAUAUCGUUCAAUUUUGACAGUGCGAUUUUCUCUUCUUUUUCUUUUUCAGUCUUUACACAAUUUUUCCAGCCAGAGCACCAGUGCUGAAUAGUACCCAGUACUUUGAGUUGGUCAAGUUUAACCCACAAGCUUCAGAUGGCCUGAAAUGGACUGCAGACAAACAAGCCGUAUUUCAGUUAGCUGCUUUAGUUAUAACAUUAGCGCUGGCGAUAUUCGGUGGCCUUCUUACUGGUAGGCUGUUUAUUAUGGUCCUUCACCAUAUCGCUUUCUAUAUAGAGACAUGCCACCUGAUAAGACAAUAAUUAAAAUGGCAUCCCUUUGCUUUUCUGGGACGUCAUCAGUUGGCUUUCCUCACGCUUUUGAUAAGCGAGAAAAGCUGAAUAUUUCGAGAUCUUUUUUCAUUAAGUUUCCCCAUCUACCACUCUUCAAAAAUCGGCCCCGUAAACUCGGCACUGCAUAUUUUUUUGGGGUUGGGGAGGGGGGUGGGGGGGGGGGUGGGGUGUUGGGCAAUAUACUGGUUUUCUUCGGAUAAAAUCGACCAGACCAAACAAAAGUAACUCGGUUCCCCUAAACGACCACAGAACGCCGUAGCUUGUACGAAUUCACUAGACAUGGUUUAUAGAUUGACGAACUGACAGCUUUCACUUUAAUCAUCAACGUUGUUGAACUCCUGCUCGCCCUCAAGCUCUGAUGGCAGAACAUGCAAUUCUUACUGUUAAGGUUAUUGAUUUAUUUUCAGGUAUCAUUGUCAAGCAGCCGUUCUUUGAUCCCCUGAAGGAGGAAGCCUUAUAUGAUGAUGGGGAAUUCUGGGAGGUAGGUUAGAUUAAAGCCAAUACGAUACGUUUGCCUUAAGGGGCGAUGAUCAAUGUCGUUUUGUUCUCGUUGAACAAUUUACUCCGAAAGCCAGACGUCAGUGAAAAAGCCUGGAAGUUGGUGAGUAGUAUAGGGCGCAUGAAUUUGACCCCCUUUUUAAUUUAAAGCGGAAUCUUCAUUAGAGUGAGGUGAAAUAAAUUGUCGACGAAUGAAGGCAUGAAUAUAAGGCGAAGGCACUUCAUAAAUAUAGAGUGAUAUCUUGUUCAUGGCAGGUAUGUCCUGUUGUUGACGAAAUUUGAUUUGUUUUCUCGAUCGAUUGACGGUUGGACUCAUUUGAUGAAGCAGUUUGUUUGGGUUGCUAACCCUUAUUGCACAGAAAUCUCUAAACCUUUACGUAACUAUGUGGGAUUUUUUUGUUUCUCUUUUCUUUUCACUCUUUUCGCAUUCAUUGUCCAUAGCAGCCAACCAAGGCCAGCGAGUCCGUUAACAUCUGUAAACGCAGUCGUAUAGUAGUUUACGCAUGUAUUUGUAAAUCCCGAGUGUCAAAGUUCGAAAGCGGCUCUAAAAGGUUUCAAAAGGUGUCAUUUUCCAGGACAUCUUAAGGUAAGGUAAAACGGACAACAAUAACGAAUGCAACUUUUUUUGCAACAUUGCUGCAAAACGGGUUGAAUACCGACGUUGCGCGUUUUUCCACCUACAUCAAAUCUGUUUUGCAACAAAUCAGGUUGUUCACGGGUUUGAACAAGGGUGGUAAAACGGGCAACAUCGCCUUUUUUGCCAAACAAGUUGCACGUUUUUUUUUUGCGCGUUUUACCUAAGCCUUAGAAAGAUACCGUCACACUGAUUUGGCAGAUCAGACAUGCGGUUUUCUUUAUCUGAAGGUUCCCAGUGAUUUUCGUGGAUUGUCUGAUGAAGUCCGUCCCAGAACCAGGAGCGAGGUUCCGCGAGAGCAGAAUGAAUUGUUAGUUCGAAGGGAAGAGAAUGAAGUGGAGGAGCAAGAUGGACAGGCAGAUGGACAAGUAUGA